GACGGGAUCUGCAGGCAGGCGGAAGUGGGGCAGAGCAGGCCGGGUGACGUGUCUGGUGUAGAGAUGGCUGCGCAGGGAGAAGUAGACGAGCUGUUCGAUGUCAAGAACUGGUUUUAUAUUGGCAGCUACCAACAGAGCAUCAAUGAGGCUCAGAAGGUGAAGACUUCAAGCCCAGAGAAAGAGGUGGAGAGAGAUGUGUUCCUGUACCGGGCGUACAUAGCGCAGAGGAAAUAUGGAGUGGUCUUGGAUGAAAUUCGUCCCAAUGCCAGUGCCGAACUCCAGGCUGUUCGCAUGUUUGCGGAGUAUUUGUCCAAUGAAAGCCGCAGGGAUGCUAUUGUCUCUGAGCUCGAUAAGAAGAUGGCUAAAAGCGUUGAUGUCACCAACACAACUUUUCUGUUAAUGGCAGCGGCAAUUUAUUUCCAUGAUGGCAACACAGAUGCUGCCCUGCGUGCUCUUCACCAAGGAGACAGCCUGGAAUGCAUGGCGACCAUUAUCCAGAUACUUCUGAAAAUAGACAGACUUGAUCUAGCUCGCAAAGAACUGAAAAAGAUGGUGGAUACAGACGAAGACGCAACACUGACACAGCUGGCAACAGCAUGGGUUAACAUUGCCCUGGGUGGAGAUAAACUGCAGGACGCCUUCUACAUCUUCCAAGAAAUGUCUGACAAGUACUCUUCUACCGUGCUGCUGCUAAAUGGACAAGCUACUUGUUGCAUGGGGCAGGGCAAGUGGGAGGACGCUGAAGGAGUCCUACAGGAGGCUUUAGACAAGGAGAGCAGCCACCCAGAAACCCUGAUUAAUUUUAUUGUACUAACGCAACACAUUGGAAAACCACCAGAGGUCACGAACCGCUACCUCUCACAGUUAAAGGAUGGACAUCGAAAUCACCCAUUUAUUAGGGACUUUCAAGCAAAGGAAAAUGAAUUUGACCGCCUUGUGCUACAGUACGCACCCAGCGCAUGAACUGGACCUGAGUAAUUUAUAUUUCACUCUAAGAACACAAGUUUAAGCUCCUACAAUGAAAAUACAUCUGUUUCAAGUUGGGCAGAAAGUCCCACAAGUGAAGUUAAUGCAAGCAGGGGGACAGCGUUUGUAUUGGAAUGGAAUGUACUGUUUUUUCAGCCAGUCUUGGAUCACCAGUUUUCCAGGACUUUAUUACUCUGUCUAAUAUGUUCACAACUUUUCUUUUGUUUUAACAUUCCCAAUAAAACAA